AUGGGGCACCUUGUCACUCUAGCAACAUGCUCUCUAAAUCAAUGGGCCCUGGACUUUGAGGGCAAUGCGGCCCGCAUUAUCGAGAGUAUUCGACAGGCAAAGGCAGCUGGUGCGGCUCUACGUGUUGGUCCAGAGCUUGAGAUUACCGGGUACGGCGUGCUGGAUGGAUUCCUUGAAGGGGACACCUUCUUGCAUUCUUGGGAAAUGUUAGCUCGUAUCAUCGAACACCCGGACUGUCAGGAUAUUGUGGUGGAUGUGGGUAUGCCUGUGCGCCAUCGCAAUGUGCGCUACAACUGCCGUGUCAUCUUCUACAACAAAAAGAUUAUCCUAAUCCGGCCGAAGAUGUGGCUCGCCAACGAUGGCAACUACAGAGAGCACAGACACUUCAUUCCGUGGCAGCGUCCUCAAGAGGUUGAGGAUUAUUACCUAGAGCAGAUUGUAGGAAAUAUCACUGGUCAAUACAAGGUCCCGUUCGGUGAUGCCGUCAUCAGCACGAGAGACACUUGUUUUGGCCUGGAGACUUGCGAGGAAUUGUUCACUCCUAAUGGACCUCAUAUUCCUUAUGGACUGGCUGGUGUGGAAAUUAUCUCCAACUCCUCUGGCAGCCACCAUGAAUUGAAAAAGCUUGACACUCGCGUGAACCUCAUCACACAAGCUACAAAAUUGAGCGGUGGUAUCUACCUGUAUGCUAAUCAACAAGGCUGUGACGGCGAUCGCCUAUACUACGACGGCUGUGCGAUGAUUGUCGUAAAUGGUGAUGUCGUGGCGCAAGGAUCCCAAUUCUCCUUGAACGACGUGGAAGUUGUCACAGCGACCGUCGACAUCGAAGAUGUCAGAACCUACCGCUCAACCGUGAGCCGUGGAAUGCAGGCGAGCAAGCAGUCACCUUUUGUUCGUCUCGACAUUGAUGUCCGUCUUUCCCGCCGUACUGAGGAUGCGGACCCCAGCCUCACUGUUUCCGCGCCAUUCAAGCCUCAUUUCCAUGUUCCAGAAGAGGAGAUCGCUCUCGGCCCAGCUUGUUGGCUUUGGGACUACCUGCGGCGAUGCGGCGCCGCGGGAUUCUUUAUCCCUCUCAGCGGUGGUAUCGACAGCUGUGCCACGUCAGUGAUUGUCCAUUCGAUGUGCCGUGAGGUUCUGAAAGCAGUCAGACAAGGCAAUGAGCAGGUCAUCAAGGAUGUCCGUCGACUCUGUGCUAAGCCCACCGACUCCGACUGGCUCCCGACGACCAGCCAAGAAAUCUGCCGAGCCAUCUUCCACACCAGUUACAUGGGGACACAGAACUCGGGUCAUGAGACGCGGGACCGGGCUAAACGACUGGCCGCAGAUAUUGGCUCCUACCAUAUUGACUUCAACUUUGAUACUGUGAUAACAGCUCUUAUGGCUCUUUUCACCACCGUCACCAACUUCCAGCCACGAUUCAAGGUGCAUGGAGGUAGUUCGGCCGAAAACGCCGCCUUGCAGAAUGUCCAGGCUCGAUUAAGAAUGGUCCUUUCUUAUUUGUUUGCUUCGUUAUUGCCGACUGUCCGCCAGCGACCUGGUGGUGGCAGCCUCUUGGUUCUUGCAUCAUCAAAUGUGGACGAGUGCCUGCGGGGCUACUUAACCAAGUACGAUGCUAGCUCAGCCGAUCUCAACCCUAUUGGGUCUAUUAGCAAAGUCGACCUCAAGAAGUUUAUCGGAUGGGCAGGUAUUAACUUUGAUCUCCCAAUUCUUGAAGAGUUCAUCCACGCAACGCCUACGGCUGAAUUGGAGCCUCGGACAGCGACUUAUGUGCAAUCUGAUGAAGCUGACAUGGGUGUGACUUACGCCGAGCUUGGUACUUUUGGCUACCUUCGAAAGGUGUCCAAGUUAGGCCCCUGGUCAAUGUAUGAGAAGCUCUUGCAUCUGUGGGGUAAUGAAUACAGUCCGCGCGAAAUCUACGAGAAAACACGCCAUUUCUUCUACAACUACUCUAUUAACCGACACAAAAUGACUGUCUUAACACCUAGCUAUCACGCAGAGCAGUACUCUCCCGACGACAACCGGCAUGAUCUUCGCCAGUUCCUAUAUCCUUCCUUCACAUGGGCGUACAAAAAGAUGGAGGACAGUGUCAAAUUCUGGGAAUCUAGGGGAUGGACUACCGGCAAGACUGCGAAGAAGAACGUCAAAGCGGACUGA